AUGUUUAGACAAUCAUUGAUUUAUAUGAAUCGGCCAAAGAAACUGGUCAAAUCAAUAUAUUUCCAUCGUUAUAUGAAUACUAAAAUACCAAUCACUAGUUUCAAACCCAUUAACCCCAGACCUAAACCUAAACCUAAACCUAAACCCAAACUCAAAUUCAAACUCAAACCGCAAGGUAAAUUCCGACCAUUGGUGUAUGGUGUAGCCAUUGUUGCUACAGGGUUGGGAACGGCUUACUAUAUUGACAACCAUUAUUAUUCAUCAUUAAUGACACGUUCAGUAAGAGCAGUAUAUGUAUUAUUAUGGAUAGCCUAUGCAUAUGGGUUCAAUUCCAAUUCUUACCAAAACAUUGAUGAUUUGCAUGAAAUUGCUUCUGAUAAAUUAUUACAUUUAUUAACUACCAACAAAGGGUUAUAUAUUAAAUUAGGACAAGCAAUUGCCAAUCAAGGGAAUCUUUUCCCACUUGCUUAUCAAAAGAAAUUCCCACAAUUGUAUGAUCAAGCCCCAGUACAAAGUUGGCAAGACAUUGAUCGGAUUUUAAAGGAAAAUUUGGGUGAUGAUUAUCAAAUUCGAUUAUUUGAAACCAUUAAUCAUGAACCUAUUGCCAGUGCAUCGAUUGCUCAAGUUCAUUAUGGGAAAUUGAAAAAUGGAGAAGAAGUUGCCAUAAAAGUUCAACAUGGUUAUAUUGAGAAACAAGUGGUUGUUGAUUUAAUGAUUUAUCGAUUUAUUUCCAAAGUAUAUGAAAAAGUGUUUGAUAUUCCUUUGAGUAUGUUUACGAAAUAUAUAUCUGAACAAUUGAUUAAAGAAACUGAUUUUGUUCAUGAAAUGCAAAAUUCUGAAAAAUUGAAAAAAUUCAUUGAUAAAGAUUCAAGUUUGAAAUAUGAUAAUAUAAAACUUCCUAAAAAUUAUCCUCAUUUAACAACUAAACAGGUGCUUACUGCCGAAUGGAUAAAUGGAAUUCCAUUAACUAAUAAACAAACAUUAUUGGAUCAAAACUAUGAUUUAACUUUAAUUAUGAAACAGUAUAUAAAAUUAUUUGGUAGACAGAUUUUUGAAUAUGGUUUUAUCCAUUCUGAUCCUCAUCCAGGAAAUUUAUUGGUUCGAUUUGAUUCCAAGAAUAAACAACAAUUGGUUUUAAUCGAUCAUGGAUUGUACAUUACGUUAUCGGAUUCAUUUAGGUUACAAUAUUGUAAUCUUUGGCGCUAUUUGUUUCUGUUGAAUACUAAAGGUAUUGAACAAAUUGGUAGAGAAUGGGGGAUAUCUUCUAUUGAUUUAUUUGCUACAGUGGUGCAAUUACGACCCGUAUUACUUAGUCCUGAAGUACAAAGCAAUGCAAAUGCAAAUGCAAAUGCAAAUAAAAAUGAAGAUGAAGAUAAUCGUAAUAUAUCUGAUUUAUUCCGAGAUUUUAUAGGUGAUCAAAAGAAAUUUCCUGGUGAACUCCCAUUUUUAUCAAGAACAAUGAGAAUGAUACAAAAUUUAAACCAAAGUUUUGGAAGUCCAGUAAAUAGAAUUAAUUUAUUAACCAAAGAGCUGAUUAAUGCAUUAUUACAAGAGAAGGAUUUGAAAUUUGGAAAUUAUUGGGAUCUUGUUAGAAUAAAAAUCACAUUAUUGUUGUCAGGAUUCAUGUUUUAUAUUGUUAGAUUAAGACAAAUAUUAUCUGGUGAUAGAUUUGGUGGUAAAGGUAAGGGAUUAGAAGAUUAUAUUGAAAUGUAUAUGCAAAACACUGCAAAAUCAUUAGGAAUGGAAUGGAUUUAG